UCCAGAUCCGCGCUCAUUCUGGUGAAAGGAACCCCGGUUCGAAUGCAACUUUCGGCGCAGGACGCUCAUCGAUUGCCGCCCAAAAAAACAAAACAAGGACAAGAACAAGAACAAGUUGCGGAUUUGAAAAAGCGCGAGACACUCGCGGCCGUCUUGCCACAUGCUCGACGGGAAGAUGAUCACCCGGACCGACGCGGACCGACGCAGCGCCACCCGCCAGAACCGGUAGAGCGGCCGGCCCGGAUAACCCCCCCACCGCCCUCCAACCGCCCCCAAUGAGGUGAAAACCCUCCGACGUCGGGCAGAAUCCCCCCCACCCCGCCCCACCCCGGCCCCGCCCCCACUGGCUACGGCAUGUUGCGGCUCGUCCUGCUUUUGGCGACGCUCCUGGUCUCCGGCGGCAUCCAGACGUCGCCCGCCGUCACCAUGGAUAAGCUGCAAGAGAGCUGGAAGUUGUACAUGGACGAGUGCGAGCGCAACAACAGCAGAGACCCGCCGAGCGCUGUGCUUGUGUGCAACAGAACCUUUGACAAGUACGCCUGUUGGCCCGACGGACUACCCAACACCACGGUCGGCGUGACGUGUCCCUGGUACCUGCCGUGGUUCCACAAAGUUCAGCAUGGCCUGGUGUACCAGGAGUGCGACGCUAACGGCCAGUGGCUCACUACGAAGAACACCAGCGAGUGCGACUCCAACAACCCAAGUCAGCAGUACUACGGCCACAUUCGGAUCAUGUACACAGUCGGAUACUCCCUGUCACUGGUGGCUCUGGUGUUGGCGCUGAGUAUUCUCAUAUUCUUCAGGAAGCUGCACUGCAUGAGGAACAACAUCCACAUGAACCUCUUCGCGUCCUUCAUCCUUCGAGCGCUCUCCAUCCUGAUCAAAGACGCGCUGAUGGAGGCCAACAUCGCGUCGCAGGACCUGAGCCGGGACCAGGAGCAGGGGUUCUCCCGGGCCCCCGUGUCACCCGUGGACCUGCUCGUCAACAAUGAGAUAACCGUCAGCUGUCGCGUGGCGGCGGUGAUGAUGCAGUACAGCAUCUUGGCCAACAGCUACUGGCUCCUGGUAGAAGGCAUCUACCUCCACAACCUGCUGGUCAUCACCGUCUUUACCGAGAGGAACUACUUCCAGAUCUACCUGUGCAUCGGAUGGGGUACACCGUUGUUGUUCCUCGUCCCCUGGGUCAUCGCUAAAUAUCUCUACGAGAAUCACGAGUGCUGGGGCCAGAAUAUAAACAUGAACUACUGGUGGAUCAUACGUUCGCCAAUACUCGUGGCAGUUGUGAUCAACUUCCUGAUCUUCAUCCACAUCAUCAAAAUUCUGGUGUCCAAACUGAGAGCGCAUCAAAUGCGAUACACGGACUACAAAUUCAGGUUGGCCAAGUCCACCCUGACGCUCAUCCCUCUGCUGGGCAUCCAUCAGGUGGUCUUCAUUUACGUGACGGACGAGGCCACCGAAACCACCAUCGGCCUGCGACUCACCAAGCUGGUCAUUGACCUUUUCUUCUCGUCCUUCCAGGGUCUCCUGGUGGCCAUCUUGUACUGCUUUGUCAACAAAGAAGUCCAGUCGGAGGUCCUGAAAAAGUGGAAGCGCUGGAAGCUGGGCCGAAACAUCGAGGAGGAGUACCGCCACACGUACAGCAACACGCCCAACACCAAGACGGCCAGCCUGCUCAACCACGUCUCCCAGCGGACGCCGCGGCCCGCCGGCGCUCCCGCCGAAACGUCCGCGCCCCUCUGCGGCCCCGAGGAGUGGCACGCCCUGGUGGGCAACGGCGAGGCGGCGGGCCAACGAGAAGGCGCGCUCGCUGACCGCCCCCCGCCGGACGACGCGGCGCUCCCGGACGAGGCCGAGGACGGGCACGCCGAGAGCCGCCACUGACUAGAAGCUCUUACGGAGGGGUGUCCGUCGCCCGCCGGCCCGUGUCGCCGCAUCGGGAGGCAGACCAGCCCGUGUCAAAUAAUCCGACAACGACAAAAGAACCUCAGACGGCGACUCGAUCGGAAAACGACUUCAUGCGAGCUUCGGUUUGCGUGCGUGUUGCGGUGGCGGGCCCGCGCGCAAAGCAAACCGGGACGCAAGCUAAAGUCGAGCGCGGCCCCGUCGGAAGUUUCCUUCCAAUGCAACUUUUUGGACAUCCUGGAAAUGGACAGAAUAUGAGCCGAGAAACGUUUAAGAAGACCUCUGCCUCAGUUCAUGUGAGCACAAAGUGUGGCAAUGCCAACUUCACAUUUUGUCUUUGCGUUGAUAGUUUUGAUA